AUGGGUGAGAAAACCCACGAUCCCCUUCGUCUAUCGUUGGCCGUGGCGCAGCGAGCGAUGGGCCUGCUCCGGCGCUCCCUCAGAUUCGCACCGCUGAUGGCACAAAGAGCCAUGAGCACCAGCGUCACCACAGCGCCGGCGAUGGAGGGUGCGGUAGCAGAAGCUGUGGCGAAGGAGGCAAAGAGGAGGAAGAAAAAGAACCUGUUCGACAUGGUGCAGUUCCUACCUAGUCGGGGCAUCGGGUACAAGGUCGCCAAGACCACCUGGCGCGACGUCUCCUACCAGAUCACCAAGAUCAACCUUUACAAGGACGGUCGGCAUGGGAAGGCGUGGGGGAUUCGGUACAAUGCAGUUUAG